AUGGAUGCCUGCUUAGAUUUGACCGGUCAAAUGAUCGAGGUCAUCGUAGGAGCUGAGAAGCACGCCCCAUUUACCAUCCACGAGAACGUUAUAUGUGCAAGUUCGCAGUUUUUCAAGAAAGCAAUGAGCGGAGAUUGGAGCGAAUCAAGGAGCCGCUCAGUUCGACUGGCAGACGAAGACCCCGAAAUAUUCCAUAUAUAUACGCAGUGGCUAUACCACGACACGUUUCCAGUACAAAUCGAUAGCCCGGGGGUAAAGGGUAACGCCGAGUACUUGCUGCUUGCGAAAGCUUAUGUGCUGGGAGAUCUGCUGCAAGAUGGAAACUUCAAAGAUGCUGUACUUGAUGCAAUGAUAGAGAAGACUACAUCAAGACUAAGCGACGGCAAAACGUUGUUUCCUGUUGGGCCAGUCAUCCGCCACAUCUAUGAUAACACAAUGGAAUCGUCUGAGGCAAGGCGUCUUCUCGUGGACUUAUACACACAGCAUGGACAGGGUGAUUGGUUGCGUAAACAGGCGUGCCCGGAAGAUCUUCCGAAGGAGUUUCUUUAUGAUCUUGCCGUCGCAGUUCUUGAUAAGAGAGACCCGCUGUGGGGAUCUACGCCCGAACCUUGCGCAUAUCAUCAACACAAGGCAGAUAAAAGCAUUUGUUACAAAAAUAGGUUAGCACAAAAGCCUCGCAAGCGAAAGCGUGUAUAG